ACAGCGAGACGGUCAAGUAGAGCGAGAGAGCUCAAGAGUCGCGCACUUUAGCUCGUACGCUCGACUUGGAUCUUUCUCCAGCCGCAGUGGUCGCGUGUUGAGUAGAUACAACUUCUUUUCGGAUAAAGCAUUUCCUCGGGAGUGCCAUCACCGUCAUAAUCAAGAGCGCACAUCGAGUACCCGCAUACGUACGAGGAGCAGCAGUGAAGUAGCACCCAGUCGAACGCAGCCCGAGCAAGGUCUUGAUCAAACGGGUUAGUAAGGGCUGCCAAGAGGAGCGUGCGCGCACGGAGCUCAUCAGGUCUACCGGAACCACGGAGUCGUCUUUAGCGGCGGUAUCGGCGACGGCGGUGGUGUUGAUUGCAGGUGACAGAGGCGGUUGAAAGGGUUGUUGGCGACGAGGAAGUCUGUUUGCGCAAGAGGCGCCGCAGGACGGCAGAGGAACUACAGUUCCCGGAGACUACUACCUCGACAACGACGGCGGAAAGUACGGCUACGACGACAUUAACGACCAUGCCAGAGAACGCGCACCACAUGAACGGCUACGCCAACGGGCACACAGCGCCCGAGCUGCAGCAGGACACGAGUUUUCUCUUCACUUCGGAAUCAGUUGGUGAGGGGCACCCAGAUAAAAUGUGCGACCAGAUUAGUGACGCUAUACUGGAUGCGCAUCUCAAGCAGGACCCAGAUGCCAAAGUUGCCUGUGAGACUGUAACCAAGACUGGUAUGGUUUUACUGUGCGGCGAAAUAACGUCCAAGGCAGUAGUGGAUUACCAAAAAAUCGUACGGGACACCGUAAAACACAUCGGCUACGAUGACUCGUCUAAAGCAGGGUUUGAUUGGCGCACGUUGAAUCUUUUGGUGGCAAUCGAGCAACAAUCUCCCAAUAUUGCUGGAGGUGUGCACGUAGACAGGGAGGAAGUCGACGUUGGCGCGGGUGACCAGGGUCUCAUGUUUGGCUAUGCCACCGAUGAGACAGAUGAAUGCAUGCCAUUGACGGUGGUGCUUGCACACAAGUUGAACCAAAAGAUCGCUGAACUUAGACGAAGCGGUGACUUAUGGUGGGCAAGACCAGACUCUAAGACUCAGGUUACUUGCGAAUACAUAAUGGAUCAUGGAGCCUGCGUUCCCAUCAGGGUCCACACAGUGGUGGUUUCUCUACAACACAGUGAAAAGAUUUCGCUUGAUGAAUUACGCAAGGCCAUCAUGGAAAAGGUCAUCAAGGAAGUCAUUCCGGCAAGAUACCUCGACGAAAAAACGAUUUUUCAUGUCAACCCUUGUGGUCUUUUUAUAAUUGGAGGCCCACAGAGUGAUGCAGGUCUCACUGGUCGCAAGAUAAUUGUUGACACUUACGGUGGCUGGGGAGCUCACGGAGGUGGAGCCUUUUCUGGAAAAGAUUUUACUAAAGUAGAUAGAUCAGCAGCGUAUGCUGCCAGAUGGGUUGCCAAGUCCUUGGUUAAAGCUGGCCUUUGCAGGCGCUGUUUGGUUCAGGUUGCCUAUGCUAUUGGUGUUGCUGAACCUUUAUCCAUCACUGUUUUUGAUUAUGGAACAUCAAAGUAUUCGCAGAGCCAACUUCUAGAAAUAGUCAACAAAAACUUUGAUCUACGCCCUGGAAAAAUUGUCAAGGAACUUAAUCUAAGAAAUCCAAUAUACCAGCAAACCAGUAGUUACGGACACUUUGGACGGGACUGUUUUUCUUGGGAACAGCCAAAAUCUCUGACUAUCGAUUGAUGAGAAACUUGAUUGUAACCGUUUUAACAUUUUUAACUUGAAGGACCUUUUUAUUAGUUUGUCUUUAUCGGUUUUUAUCCUAUUUUGUUUCGUCCUUUUUUUUCUUCUCUUCUGAGAUUAUUACGCAAGUGCAGAAAACUCAAGUAUCGCUCGAGACUUUCCUAUUUGAAUUAAAAAGAAAAACAAAUAAAAAAAAAAAAAAAAAAAAAAAAAAAAGAAAAAAAAAGAAAAAAAAAAGAAAAAACCCUGCCAAUGUUGAGAACACGUAACAAAAGAUUACUGAAACAAUGGCAAAAAGAUCUCCGUUGGCGUUCAAUUGGCGCAAAUCUGGUGCACUGUAUUUUUCCAUAUGGCUGCGUCUCGUCUCUAGUUAACAGACAUACAGUACAAAUUUUGACAUUACCCUGUACUCAGACAAGACAGGAGUUAAGAACAAAACUGUGUGGUAACACACCGGUGCAAAAAGAGCGCAAAAAAGCAGUAAUGAAGGCGAGAGUUGCAAAGCACGGUGCUUCGUUGCGUAUCGUCCUUAAAACACUCAUCUUCUCCAAAUCAAAUCACACAAUAAACUGCAAUAAAAAAUUGAAGAGUCGCAUUGAUGAGAAAGUAAAUGGAAAAAAAGCAUAUUGCGUAAUUAAACCAUCUGUCUGUAUGUGUGUGUGCGCGCGUGCGUGCAUGUGUAUGUAAAUAUAUCAAUCAUCCGUUGGAAAAACAACAGUGGUCCGCAUAUUGUCGUUCUAAUACAGAAAUAUUAUAGCUGAGGUGCUGUCGUAUUUUUUAAAGUUAUAUUUAAAUUGGAAGGAGGUGUGGCACGAGGGACGCGACGUCCAUUACAUCGUAGUUUUGAGGUAACAAUUUUAGCAGUUACUAUAAACGUGACAUUUAAACCUAUAGAUUUUAAGAAUACUAUUAUUUUAACGAAUAACAAACCAUGCAUUUUGCAUUUUUCGUUUCACCUCGCUCCCCUCCUGCCCAGCCUACCAAAGAAAUCAAAACAAUGUUCAGAAGUACGAGUAUGAAUAAUUACAAUGAUUAUUAUUAUCGCAUCGAAGUAUGGCAUCUAGCAGCUGCAUACCACUGUUGCAACGGCAACUCUUUGUUUCUAAUGUGUAGAUUUUUAGAAUUAUUACGUGCGAUAUUUGACGCGAAUUUCUUUUUUUAUUUUUUAAGAAAGCAGCAGAGGCAUAUACAUUUACAUACUAAGAAUUAAUGCUGUUGAUAAGAAAGUUCAUUUUACAUGUGAAAGUUAGAUAAAGACAAACACAAAUUAUUACUAAAACAACGUACGGCAUAUAUCGCGCGUCGAAUGAAAUAUUGUACCCAGCGAAAAAUACUGUAAAACACAUUAUUUUAACCCAAUUUUAUUGAAAUUGUAAUAAAAUAAAUUAGUGCAUGUCACUCCUGACAGACAGCCCCUGCCGUGUUGUGGCUGAACUUGGGCGCCAGAUGCACAAUUGAUUGGCAGCAAAGAGUUUAUGAAAAAAAAAAA